AUGGCUGGUGUUAAGCGUCGUGUCGACGCCGCUGAGGACCGCAAUGGAAAGCGGAGCAAGAGCCAGGUCUCCGCACCUGUGAAGAAGUCAAACACUGCUGCGCCGGUCAAGAAGAGUGCUGCUUCUUCUUCUAAAAAGGACUCCAGAUCUGGCAAGUCCGAUAAGAAGGUCUCUAAGAAGAAGGUUCAACAGGAGGAGUCUGAAGAUGACGAGGACGACUUUGAUAUGGACGAUCUUUCUUCGGCUUCUGGAGACGACGACUUCGAUACCUUGGAUGCCACACCCGAUGAUGUUGAUAUGGAUGAUGUGAGCGAUGAUGACGAGGACAGUGAAGAGGUUGAGGAGAAGAAGAGCGCCAAGUCGGACAAGAAGGAUGGCAAGCAACAAAAUGGCGAGGAGGCGAAAAGCAAUAACAACAACUCUCGCGAAUCCCACGCAAAGCAAAAGAUCCUCCAGCAGGAGCGCAAGGCCGCCAAGCCCAACGCCGACACCAUCGCCCGGUCCAAGAAGCUCUGGGAGCAGCUCCGCCGCAAGUCCCACGUCCCUCUGGAACAACGUAAGAAGCUCAUCAAGGAGCUGUUUGAGAUUAUCACCGGUCGUGUCAGUGAUUUCGUCUUCAAGCACGACUCCGUGCGAGUCGUUCAGACCGCUCUGAAGUACGGUAACCUGGAACAGCGCAAGCUGAUUGCGCAGGAGUUGAAGGGUAGCUACAAGGAGUUGGCGCAGAGCCGCUACGCAAAGUUCUUGGUUGGCAAGUUGAUUGUGCACGGUGAUGCUGAGACCCGCGACAUGAUCAUUCCCGAGUUCUACGGACACGUCAAGCGUCUGAUCCGCCACCCUGAGGCAUCAUGGAUUCUCGACGAUAUCUACCGCACAGUGGCGUCCAAGGAGCAGCGCCGACGAAUUCUGCGUGAGUGGUACGGUCCCGAGUUUGCCAUCUUCGAGGAUGAGAAGGAGACUUCGGAUCUGCCCAAGAUCUUGGAGGCUCACCCCGAGAAGCGCGGACCUAUCAUGCACUUCUUGCAUGAGCUCAUCAACCACAUGGUCCAGAAGAAGACCACCGGUUUCACUCUCUUGCACGAUGCCAUGUUGCAAUACUUCCUCAGCACAAAGCCUGGUAGCACCGAGGCGAAUGAGUUCAUCGAGCUGCUCAAGGGUGACGAGGAGGGUGAUUUGGUGAAGAACUUGGCUUUCACUGCGUCUGGCUCUCGCUUGAUGUCCCUGAGUCUGGCUUAUGCCAACGCCAAGGACCGUAAGCUGCUUCUGCGAUUCUACAGAGAUACCAUCAAGGCGAUGGCUGGUGACGUGAACGGUCACAUGGUGAUCCUCGCUGCAUACGAAGUUAUUGACGACACAAAACUGAGCGGCAAGUCGAUCUUCCCGGAACUUCUUAACCAGAACGACAGCGAGGAGGCUCGCAAUGAAGAGCUGCUUCUCCAGCUGAACGAUCUGGUCGCUCGUGUCGCUGUCCUGUUCCCCUUCGCCGGCGACCGCGUCAAGUGGCUUCUGCCCGAGGUCGACGUGGAGGUGUUGAAGGAGAUUCGUGAGAUCCGGAAAGAGACCUCGAAGAAGGAACCCGCUACUCGACGCAGCGAGCUGGCUGCCGUCGCCUCGCCCACUCUCCUCGCCUUGAUCGCCGCCCGUGCGGAGACUCUUCUAGAGACCACCUUCGGCUGCCAGGCUAUCGGUGAGAUUCUGUUCGAAUCUACCGGCGACAAGACCGCUGCCCUGGAGGCCGUUGCCAACGCCGCCAAGACCCAGUCCGAGCAGCGUGACUCUGCCGCCUUCGGUCGCCUCCUCAAGUCCCUGGUGCAGGGCGGUCGUUAUAACCCAGCUACCAAGUCUGUGGAGAAGACCUCCCCACCAUUGAACUUCCACGAUCUGCUGUAUGAGCAGAUCCGUGACGAGGUUGUGGAAUGGGCCACUGGCCCCAACACCUUUGUCAUUGUCGCCAUGACCGAGUCCGAUGACUUCAAGGGCAAGGCUGAGCUGCUCAAGACACUGAAGAAAAACAAGAAGGCUCUGACCAAGGCCGCGGAGUCUGGUAAGGGUGAGAAGAAGGCCGGUCCUGCGGCUAGCGGUGCUAAGCUGCUGCUUGAGAAGCUAUAGAUAUGUCUGGGCAUUGGGCAUUGCUUGAUGAUGUCUCUUUUUAUUUACAGUUUUGAAGGGCGUUUUGUUCUCUCCAUGGAUGAUGUUAUUUUGUAAUAUGUACAAAGGGAGUCGCGAAUCAAAAUCAUAAAAG